CCAGAGCUCGUCCCCUUUCUGCGCCCUCAAUGAACCGAUCCCAGUUCUCAACCUUUACCCUCCCUUCUCUCGUCCCCAAUUUCUGCCAGUCUGCUCUCCAUCCCCGCCUUUCUUUCUGUAUCCAGCCACUCGCCGUUCCCCUCAUCGAGCCAAGACACUGGGAAAUCUGGUGUGAACACUACCUCACUCUUUCGCUGUGCCUGGUCGAAGUGGAGCUGAUGUGGACACGGGACAGUGAGCAUCAUGCCGCGGAAGAGAGAGUUGAGCUGCUAAUCAUCCUGGCCUGGAGAACGGAGGUGGAAGGAGAUCUUAUCGAAUUCAUCUUCGGAGUGGUAGAGCCAAGCCAUCGGCAGAUGAUAGUGUGGGAGCUCACGAUCCCCUUUGCACAGCUGAUCGACGACCUCCCCCUCGACAUCGUAUCACGGUGCGACGAGAGCCCAAUACCGCACGUUCUUUCGCGAAGAUUAACGCCAUACUUGCAGUGGUCAGCCUGCUUGGAGGAUCGAACGGGAGGUGGCAUCUACCCAUUACGUGCAGAGUAUCUGAACCCCCGGGAGAUCAUCGACGUCCUUUUUUUUCAGCCUCGAACAGCUGUGGAAGAGACAACGGUGGCAAAGGAAGCAGAGGUGGAGGACGAAAGCGAAGAAGAAACCUCGGACGAAGAAGGAAACUACAGUGAGUACAGCGAGGAAGAAGAGGGGGCGGAGAGUGAAGAACAAGAAGAAGAAAAAUAUCAGUCGGAGGAAGAAGAAGGAUCUGAGUGGGAGACUCUGGGUGAGGAGGCGGAUCGCACAGAAACUCGGGAGGAGGAUUCCGAGGCGGCAGCAUGGCGGAGAAAGGAGAUCGCGGCCGGGAAGCAGCCGUUGGAAUACGCAAGUGGUGCGGAUCUGCCGAUCCCGAACGACCCGACCAAGGAUCCCGAGCCACCCAAGAACGACGAUGGGGACCCUACUGCCGAGACUUUGAGCGCACUGGCGCGGAGGCGACGGAGCCGAUCCCCCUCCCCAUCCCCGCGCCCUCGAGUUCGAACACGUGUCGAUGCGGGGCAUCGGGCUUCGAUGAAUGUCGACCACAAUGCGCCGCACGACAACGGAUCAUCGAUUGACACUUCAUCACAAGGCAACAUUUCAAAUACACCGGCCUUGGAUCUCAUAAUAUUCGACAAAAAUAUAUGGAAAAAUGAUAUCGGUAGCACAGACUCUCGCUAUUUGCACCUUGUCGAAAAUGUCGUGUCGGACGGUAAAAUCCCCAUGUCUUUGGUCAUGGGAGGCAACGGCAUAGAGCUUCAUCGUGACGACGGCAAAGAGUUCUGGUACUUGUACUCAUUGGAGAAAGAAGUCGAUGUAAAGCUCGACGACGAGGGCAGUACUGAAGAUCCUGUUACACCAACGGAGAUGAUUGACGCGUGAAAAACAUUGUGUGUAAAGCAACAAUAGUCAUAAAAGGACAGGAAACACGCCAAACAAUGUGCGUGGUUUUGCAUCGGAAAACCGCAUCU